GUCGGUCGGUUGGUCGGUCGGUCGGUCGGUCGGUCGGACGGACGAUCCCGUCCGCUCGCGCUACAAAGUUGAAACCGGACGUAACGUCUCGGUUCCUCGAGGGGUCCGAAAUUGUCCCUUCGUCAUCGGUCAUCGUUGUCGUCGCUGCUGCUGCCGCCGUCGCAGUUUAAAGCAAGAAAGAAAGAGAAAAAGAAAAAGAAGGAUCGAGUUGAUCAAUGAACGAAAUAUUCUGCAAUUUCUAAUCGUCGUGGAUUAAGUGAUCGUAGUGCGAAGGUGUGCGACGGAGUCGCGGAAAUUGACGGGAAUUUCCGGUCGCGUAUGUUACUAUAGUGGUGUGUGUGUGUGUGUGUGUGUGUGUGUGUAUCGGUGUAAGGUUAGGAUUGUGCCGUUGGGAGAGAAAGAGCGGCCUUCCCUCCAGAAAAAGGGGGGAAAAGGAGAGAGGAAAGGAUCGGCGUUGCGCGCGAUCGCGAUCGCGGAAAACGGAAUAUCGGAAUCAACGACGGUGGGCGGAGUGAAGGGGGCGGCAGUCCUCGAUCGAGAUCUGGAUUACGCGGGCGCGUCGAGGAUCGCCAAGAUUUUGCCAAUUCGUAAAAAAGAAGGACACACGGACAGGGAUGGCAUGAGGGAGGGCUCCGGCAACGUUGCCGACGUGUUAGCAGUGGGCGGGGGUGGUGCUGUGCUGGUGCUCAGCGAGCUUGAAAGCAUGGCAGCCAGGCAACAGCGGGAAAUCGCUCAGCAAAGGCGCCUCCUGGAGCAGAAAGAGGCCCGCUUAGCCGUGCUUCGAGGCGCACAGGAGCCAGCACAGCAGGACAGACUCGCUAGAUUAAGGCACAAGCUGGACCAGCAACAGAGUAAGCUGAAUCGACUGCGAUUACUCAGAUCGCAGACGGAUCAGUCGCGUGUCAACAAUGCGACAUUGACUUCCGAUCUGGACUGCAUCAGAGCCCUAUUCAAUGAGAAAGAGAAGGAACUCUCGUUGGCCGUAGCGAAGGUUGAGGAGCUGACGCGGCAGCUGGAAGAACUCCGAGGUCGUCAGAAUGCUCCCGCCGGUGGUGGAAGCGCCGGUAGCAUCGGGGGCAGUCUCACGGGUGCUACCGGCAAUGGACAUUUGGUCACCCCAGCCAGUGCCGAACUGGAGAAACUUAGAAGGGAGCUUAUGUAUCGCAACAAGAUGAAUGAACAGCAAAACCAAGUAGUAUCCCAACAACGGCAGGCCUUGGCACAACGACAGGCCGAGAUGGCAUCGAUAGACGCGCGAAUAGCUCAACUUCAAAGUCGUCUCCAGCGCAAGAGAGCAUUGAAUCAACGAUUAACGCAAGUGGGUCCUAAUGGCGGUGGUGUUAACAACACAGGAUUCCCAGACACAAAACUCGAUGGUUUUAACAACAGCGGCAAGUUAAGACCGGCCGGCAAUAUCGCCGCGAUCGAGCCGUAUUCACACAUACCGAACGAUAAUGAUUUCAAUUUAAACAAAAACGACCCUAAGUACCAGACACUGCCAUACAAUACCAAGUUUACAAUGAACUUCAAGGCUAUAGAAGACGACGUGAACAAAAAUAAAAUACAACAUUCAGCGAGCGCCUCCCAGUUGGGACAGCGGCCGACCUUUCAACAAUACGGACAUCAAAUCGUUCACAGCCAAUCGCAGUCUCAUAUUCAGGGACAAUCUCAAUUACUAGGAAGCAAUCAACAGCAACAGCAGCACAAUCAAAAUCUUGGCAACCAAUCCACGACAAUUCAAUCGAGUUGCAACUACAAUAACAACAACAACAAUAACAAUAACAGCAACAAUCUCAUCUGUAAUACUGCGCAUAACUUUAGCCCGGACAAUUUGUCACAAGGUCUUCGUCUUCAUCAAGGUCAUCAGCAUCAACAACAAUCGCAAACACAGCAACAGCAACAGCAUCAAAAUGGCAAUCUUCAGCAGAAGCAACACAACGUGACCAGCAUUAGCGGUGCAUCAACGACGUCGAAUCUCGUAGGUGUUACCGUUCCAUCGAUUAUACAAACGCAGAAUCAACAUCGAAAUCUGCAGCAGACCAGUGGUCAUCAAAAACCAGUGUCGAGCGUGGCACCAAGUUUUUCAGUCAAGUCACAGAUCUAUCAAACCUCCUCGACCAAGAUCCAUCCAGUUAUGCCACAGACAUUGAGCCUACUGGGUCGUGGACAUAACAAUGCAGCACAAAACUACAUCGGCAACAAUCAACAGUUAGCGACGGCGAAUACCCAGCUACAAUCUAGCACUGGGAAUCAAGAAGCAAAUUAUAGACAUGGUUAUUCCGUUGCUCAACAGCAGCAGCAACAGCAACAACAGCAGUAUCCAAAUCAGACGACGAACAUUCAUGCGUCUUCUCCGGCAGCCGUAUAUCAGAUCCAGAGUUCGUCCAAUCUCGUUGGUCUUCAUGGCACCACUACGACUUUCGGCAAUUCUUCUCAGAAGUAUAAUCAAUCAUCACAAGUGUUGAGUUCUAACGAUCUCGGGCAAAGCCAGGAUCAAAUACUGAACAAUCAAAAAACUAAAUUUGAACCGAGCAAGAGUCAGGACAAGUUCGAACAUGCAUUACCGUCUAACAAUAAACAUGAACAGCAGCAGCAGCAGAUUAGAUAUGAUCAGAAUCUCACGGGCAAGUACGAGAUACAGCAACAGAGUAGCAAGCAUGAUCCAACUGGAAGUCAAGCCAAACAUGAUCAGCAUCUGCACAACAUUAAGUACGAACCUGGUUGUCAGAAUUCGCAACAGUAUGCCAAACAUGAGCAGCAGCAACAACAGCACGAGGGAAGAUUGUCGAACAAGUAUGAUCACAAUCCAACAUUUAAACACGAAUCUUCGAAUGCCAAUCAAUACAAAUCGGAAUAUAAACCUGAGCCAAACAAGUAUGAGAGUAGUGGCCAGAGUAAAUUCGAGAUGGUAUCAGCCAAAUACGAACCAAAUUCCACGACGAAACACGCGGUUGAUCAUGUGGCCGCCAAGUUCGAAAUCCCCGCGAAAACACCGGACAGGCCAUUCGAAUUCGACAAGUCGGCGACAAAGAGCAACGACAGCGAAAGAAAGAAUUUCAAUGAGCCGCGAAUAGAGGAUAAGACGAAACCGGCAUUGCCGCCGAAACCGAGCAAACCGAAUCCACCGCCAAGACUUACUCAUCACGAGAAAAUUGAUGUGUCGUCAUCCGAAGGAAUCAAUGAGUGCAAGAUAACUAACACAAAUCUCAAUUCAAGGUCGGAUAAGGACGAGGAAAUACCGCCGAUUCCUACGUCAGAACCGCCUGAAUCUCCCACGGAAACGCAACUGGCCAAUCAUCAGAUUAUCAAAGCUCGGCCGUUAACGCUAAAGAAAGUACCGAUUUCAGAGCAACCGAAACUGAGAUAUGCCAAAUCCAAUGUUCACGUGUCGAUAAAUCGCCGAAUUGAGAUGCCCCCGGCCUUCCUGUUUCCGGAGACAGAAAUUCCGGCGGAUCUCAUGCAGACUGAUCAACAGCAACAGCAGCAACAUCAACAACAAAUCAUCGACACUACGGACAGUUGCAAGAUUACCAACGAAGAUAAUAUCGGUGAGGGCGAGAAACUGGAGGAAACGGACAUCAUCGACGCUCUGAAUGUAAUCAACAUAGAGGACAAGCCGAAGAUGAAGACCGACUCGGAAUUGACCGGGGGAACUGGAGGUGAAAUGGAGAUAGACGGAAGCAAGAUAUCGGAAGUAAUGAGGAGGAAGAAGGGAAAUCUCAAGUCGACGAGCACGGGAGGCGGUGGUGGCAAGGUCAAUCUGUCCAGGCGAGUGUCGUUUGACCCACUAGCGCUACUACUCGACGCUAGUCUCGAGGGAGAACUCGAGCUCGUAAAGAAAACCGCGAAAGAGGUCGCCAAUCCGAGCUCCGCUAAUGAUGAAGGUAUUACCGCUCUGCAUAACGCUAUAUGCGCCGGUCACCUCGAAAUUGUCAAAUUCCUCGUAGAAUUCGGCUGCGACGUUAACGCCCAGGACAGCGAUGGAUGGACGCCAUUACACUGCGCCGCCAGUUGUAAUAAUUUAUCUAUGGUGAGAUUCUUAGUCGAACAUGGUGCUUGCAUUUUCGCAACCACCCUUUCAGAUCACGAGACUGCUGCGGAAAAAUGCGAGGAGGACGAAGAAGGAUUCGACGGAUGUUCGGAGUAUUUGUAUAGUGUUCAAGAAAAGUUGGGGAUUAUGAAUAACGGUCAGGUAUAUGCGGUUUUCGAUUACGAGGCCCAACACGCUGACGAACUCUCAUUGAAGAACGGCGACUCCGUAAUCGUAUUACGGAAGGGGGAUGAUAACGAACGGGAAUGGUGGUGGAGCAAACUCGGACAUAAAGAAGGCUACGUACCUCGGAAUUUAUUGGGAUUAUAUCCCAGAGUGCAGCCAGCGAAAGCGAUUGAUUAAAAUGUUCGCAGAAUAUCCGAUGAUUACGACAGUAUUCGACUUGCAGCUUUAUCUUGUUAAUUGUUAUAACACAAUAUAUAGGCACAUUAGUAAAUAUUUAAUAGCAUUGCCAUCCGAAUGGAUAUCGCAAAGAGGGAAGCUACCCAAUUUUUUUUUAACAAAUGUAGUAAUCUUCUAAUUACACAGCACGCGUAUGUCAUUUUUCUUGUAGCUUAUAAAAUGAGAUUGCGUCAUUGUGGAUUUGGAAUGAUUUUAAUCGGCUACGAUUUGCCAUGAAUCCGCGAGUCGAAUGAUCGUACAAAUACAAACCUGUAGUUAUUGACGAUAUAUGACAAUGCAUUUCCUUAUGACUUUUUCUCACGUUUUAGAUAAGACAGAUAUUUUAAUAACGAUUGCACAGCUAUUGGCCGAAUGUCCGAUUUUACAUUUGUCAAUUUAUAGUUGCACAGGCAUUCUCAACUCAACUUUCUAUUUGAAAGUUUAAUUAAGUUGAAAGUUGUUGAAAGUUGAAUUGAGAGACAUGUCGUGUCUCUCACUUACACUCGUAAACCAUCAAAUUAUUUAUAUAGCGAUAUAUUUUUAACGUACA